AUGGAGAAAAGAGAACAGAAGAUGAAAGUAAAGGAAAAUGAAGGAAAAGAUGAAAGGAAAGAAGAGAAGAGAAGAGAAGAGAAGAGAACGUGCGAUGGAAUCGGGACUGCGAGUCUCCAAACAGCUCAGACUGUGGACUCCAGCAACAUCGACAGGUUUAUUAACUGCACAAAGAUCAAUGGCAACCUGGUGUUUCUCAUCACGGGAAUCAAAGGUGAUGUGUACCACAACAUCGAGGCUUUGGAUCCAGAGAAACUCAGCGUGUUCCGUACGGUACGAGAGAUCACCGGUUUCCUGAACAUUCAGUCCUGGCCGGAAAACAUGACGGACCUGAGCGUCUUCUCUAAUCUGGCGACGAUAGGUGGCAGGUCACUUUAUAGUGGAAUCUCUUUGCUGGUGCUCAAGCAGCAGUGGAUUUCAUCACUGCAGCUGCAGUCUUUGCACGAGAUCAGCGCCGGCAACGUCUACAUCACCAACAACAGCCAGCUUUGCUACUACAACACCAUCAACUGGACCAGCCUCUUCCGCAUCCCUACGCAGAAAGCUCUGAUCCGCAACAACAGGGAACCGAAAGAGUGCAAUUUGGAUCGUAUGGUGUGUGACCCGCUGUGUUCGGAUGCGGGAUGUUGGGGUCCCGGUCCGGAUCAGUGCCUGACCUGCCGCUUCUUCAGCAGAGGGCGCAUGUGUGUGAAGUCCUGCAACCUGCACUACGGGGAGGUGCGAGAGUUUGCGAAUGGCUCUACGUGUGUGGAGUGUGAUGCUCAGUGUGAGAAAGCUGAAGAUGAUGGUCUGACCUGCACUGGGCCGGGUCCUGAUCAUUGUGUGAAGUGUCUCCACUUUAAAGAUGGGCCUAACUGUGUGGAAAAAUGUCCCGAUGGACUCCAGGGAGCCAAUAGUUUCAUCUUUAAAUAUGCAGAACCCAAUAAGGAAUGUCAUCCAUGCCACAUCAACUGUACCCAGGGAUGCACUGGGCCGAGGCUUCAGGACUGCAUUGGUAUGAUUGACAGGUAAUAAAGUGCUGAGCUUU